CAGUCUCAUUAUUACUUUAUUUUUGGUGAGACUGGGUCUCUCUGUCUUGUCUGGAAGUGUAGCUGCCCCUCAGCUGCUGAUCAGCGUGGAAGCUUUGACCUGUUCUAUUUCUGACCUAGACUAGUUCUGCACUUUUUGGGCAACCAACUGGCCCCCUGUUCUUUUGGGGUGAGGGUGGGGUGGUUCACCAUAUUGGUACUGGACUUAGUUUGGCCACCCAAUUGGCUUUAGCUCUACUUUAGCUCAGAACUCCUUAACUCAAGCAAUCCACCAGUCUUAGCCUCCCUGGCAGCAGGGAUUGUAAGACAUGCAUACCCAUGCCUGACCCUUUCUAAUUCUUAAACAUUGUCCUUUGAAUGGGCUGGAUAUUCUAGGAUAGCCAUCUUGAAACCGUCUACUUUCAGGGAUGAGUUAGGGCCAUGCCUAGGUUAUAAAUUUGAUUCCUUUUAUUAGCCCUAAAUUAAAAAAUUCUAAUUUAAAAAGAGAGAAAAUGUCAAAAUCUUGGGGCGGAGUUUGGUAUGAAUAGCCUUCUGGCAGUAUGUUGGUUUCACUUCUCUUUCUCUAAAUGUGGCUUUGCAACUGUGGCCACAAAGUUAAUGUGAACUGCAUGGUCCCCAAUAUCUGUGCUCUAAAGCAAAGCAGACAGAACCAGUUACGGUGUUUCUUGGUGCUGAAGAGUGAAAAAUGAAUUUUCUCUUCAGUGACAUCUGACCCUGUGUAUACCUGCCCAGGCAAGGUUGAAUUUACAGACAGAGGCAAGAGUACCAGCUGCAUCAAAUGGCAGAGGCCGAGGACUUUGUCAGCCAGGAGCCACAUUUAGCUCUAUUCAAAGGAUCACCAAGAAAGAGGAGAAGAUUAGAUCAGAAGUGCCGAGUGUUUCCUCCAGCAGAACAAAGUGCUCUUAAGGAGUAUGAAAAGCUGGAGUUAAGAACAAGGAGGGUUCUGAGUAACACUUACCAGAAAUUUAUCCAAUCUGCUUUCCUGGAGGAUGGCAUCCCUGGUGGGGUCAAGUAUCUCAUAAACCGACUUCUUGCUCUGAUUGAAAAACCAUCCUUGGACCCCAUCUACAUUGGACUCUUUGGAGCAACUGGAGCAGGCAAGAGUUCCCUGCUUAAUGCCAUCAUCCAUCAAGCAAUGUUUCUACCCGUGUCAGAAGAGAGUGUCUGCACAUCCUGCAUAGUCCAAGUGAGCUCCGGCAGCUGUGAACAGUACGAGGCCAAAAUCCAUCUUCUUUCUGACCAAGAGUGGAAGGAGGAGCUGCGGAACCUCACUGAACUCUUGCAAAGGCCAGAGGAGGAGGACGGGGAAGAGGAGUCUUGGGACAGAGAUAAUGCAGUGGAGGAAGCCACUUGGAAACUGCAAGUGCUCUAUGGAAAUGGAGCAGAAUGCAAGAGCUGUGAGGAGUUAUUGAGGGCAAAGCCCCGAGCAAAGAUCCCUGCCUCCAGAAUCAUCACCCUCAAGGGAGAAGAGGCAAAUGAGCUCUCUGUAAAACUGGACCCUUACAUCCGGACUCAGAUGAGGAAUACAGAUGGGGGGCCAGUUAGGACCCAAAUCUGGCCCUUGAUCAAAUAUGUAGAAGUGACUUUGCCCAGGUCGGGGGUGCUUCCGGAAGGUGUGGUGCUCGUAGACAUACCUGGAACAGGCGACUUUAAUAGCAAAAGAGAUGAAAUGUGGAAAAGGACCAUCGAUAAGUGUUCUGUGAUCUGGGUGAUUAGUGACAUUGAGAAGAUUUCUGGGGGGAAAAUCCACGAAGAGCUUCUCUGUGAAAGUAUCAAAGCUUGUCAGCGGGGAGUCUGCCAAGAUAUUGCCCUGGUGGUCACAAAGUGUGAUAAACUCUAUCUGCCAGAUUACUUAAGGGAAAGAAAAGGGGAAAAUCGGGUGAUCGAAAGUCAGCGCGAAGCAAUUUUAGAAAGAAAUGAAGCUGUGAAUCUGCAAAAGAACAGGAUUCUCAAGGAAAAGUUGAAGAGAAAACUGCCUACUGAUUCCAAGGUUCUAGAAGCUUCAGAUCUGGUAUACACAGUCAGUGCUCAGGAGUAUUGGCGGCAGGAGUUACUCAACGAAGAAGAAACAGAAAUCUCAAAAUUAAGAGACUAUAUCAGGAAAAAGUUUCUGGAGAAGAAGAGGAAGAAUGUGACUGAGUAUGUUACAGAGGCUUUUGGAAUCCUGUUACUCACAGACACUUUUAACUCUCAGGAUGGUCUGACGAAUGAAUACCUUCACUUGAGCAGCCUUCGGAGAUUUGUGGAAGAGAGAAUACAGUUGCUGGAGAGGGAUGUGGACCAGUGCUUUACCCAGGUAGAACAGCCUCUUCAGGAAGGGGUGAGAGAUGCAAGAAAUUCUUGCCGGAGAAUCCUCAAUGGAUGUCUAACCAGAAGCAAGGGAAAUCAAGGUUUCUACCAGACUUUGAAAGCUGUUUGUCUGAAAGAUGGUAUCUACGCCUCCAGGACACUUGCCAGAAUAGACCUGAAUGAAGCCAUCACUCAGCCUAUUUAUGACAGAGUGGACCCUGUUUUUGGAAACAUUUUCAGGACUGGGAAGGACACCGGUUCUGCACUGAUCCUUCACAUAGACACUUUCAAGCACUCUCUCCAGGAGAAAAUGACAGAAGUGGUAAUAAAAAGAGGGUGGAAAUCUGACAGCUGCAAGCAUAAUUUUCUGAUCCAGGAGAUAAAUGCUAUCUUGGGAGGCCUGGAAGGACACAUCCUCAGAAGAAAGAAGAGGAUCUAUGAGUCUCUCUGCAACUCUGUUCAGAAUGAUCUGAAGCCGUAUUAUGAAGAGGCAGCUCAUAUAACUGGCAAGAAAGCCUGUGAGCGAACGAAAGAUGCCAUCCGAAGAGGUGUAGACAGACAAGUGGCUGAGGGUUUAUUUGAAAGGGCCCAAGAAAGGAUGAAGAGUCAAUUCCAGCAAUUGAAGAAUGGAAUCAUAGAAAAAGUGAAGGGAAGUGUGUCCACUAUGCUGAUCCUUGCUUCACCCAGGGGAGAAAGCCUCUACAAGGAACUAUCAGAUGUCAAGAGUGAAUACAGAGAAAUGGAAAAAUUGUAUAAGAGCCUGAGAGAAAUUGCAGAGAAUGCGGUGAUGAGGAGGGGAAUGCAAGAGUUUCUCAUGAGAAUGUCACCUAGAAAAGUUGGCUCCCCAAAAAACUCAACUCUUGUCUUUUGUGGUUAGGCUGCAGGAUUUAGAAAUUGACCCUGAAGCAAAAGAAACAUUGAUUUCUGUAUACUGAGAUAUCAGAAUGGAAUUUUCCAGCAUUCCAGUCAAUAUAUCUUUUGGUCAUUGGAAUAAUCUGGGCUGUCUUUGUUCUCUGAUGAACAUGAUUUUGUUUUGAGUCUGUAACUAAACCAGAUGCCUGCAUCCCUGUGGAUAGGGUGCAGCUUUUGGUAUCCACUCUUUGUUCCACCUUUGACAUUGGCAGAUACUUGGAAAAGAAUGAACAAGCAUCAGGGAAAAAGAGGCCGGGUUGUAUGAUAAGAUCGGACUAGCCUAAGAACUGAAGGAGCAGAGUUCUGCUUCUAGCUUUGCCACUGAUUAGCCGAAUCAUCACCUUGGGAACAUCCUCUGUAAACUGAAAAUGCUGAAUUGGCUAACUUAUCCCCAGGAUUCCUUACAGCUCUGACCUACAACUAUCCCCAAAUUCCUCCCUUUUCAAUGCUUUGGUUUCUUCCCCUUCUGUAAAGGGCAUGCAGGGUUUUGAUCUGCCUCACUAACAUGGGUGAGGAGCUUAUGAAGUCCUUUUCCCAUUCAAUCCCUGAAUAAACAAACAUGACUGUG